AUGUCGCUCGUCACUUCUUUGCGUUUACUUUUGCUGGGCUCAGUUAUCAUUUCGAGCACAGAGGGGCUGUGCUUCACUUCUCGGCAUAUCGACUGCCUUGAUAGCAAGAAGAGAACCGUUUGCCAGCACUCGUGUCUGCGGAUGCGAGGAGGAAACGAAGGUACGGAUGUUUUGAACGCAUGGGACGUAGCCCUUGAAGCUGCAAAGAAGAGUGUCGAGACAUUGAGAGAUCAAGUCACGAAUGCCAUCGUGCAGCAAAAUUUCAACGACAUUCUCAAGUUUGAUAUUAUGGCAAGGCAAAGCGAAUAUAAUUUGAAUCGUUUAUACGCAAUGAGGGAGCAAAGUCAGGCUGAAAGCACAGGCGACGAGAUCAAGGCCGCAAGGGCUCGUCAGAAAGUCGCGGAAGCAAAGCUAGGCUUGACGUUGUGUACGAGGGAGGCAGAGCUUCGGGAGGCUGAAAGCACAGGCGACGAGAUCAAGGCCGCAAGGGCUCGUCAGCAAGUUGCGGAGGCCGAGCUUCUGGAGGCUGAAAGCACAGGCGACGAGAUCAAGGCCGCAAGGGCUCGUCAGAAAGUCGCGGAAGCAAAGCUAGGCUUGACGUUGUGUACGAGGAAGGCCGAGCUUCGGGAGGCUGAAAGCACAGGCGACGAGAUCAAGGCCGCAAGGGCUCGUCAGCAAGUUGCGGAGGCCGAGCUUCGGGAGGCUGAAAGCACAGGCGACGAGAUCAAGGCCGCAAGGGCUCGUCAGAAAGUCGCGGAGGCCGAGCUUCUGGAGGCUGAAAGCACAGGCGACGAGAUCAAGGCCGCAAGGGCUCGUCAGAAAGUCGCGGAAGCAAAGCUAGGCUUGACGUUGUGUACGAGGGAGGCAGAGCUUCGGGAGGCUGAAAGCACAGGCGACGAGAUCAAGGCCGCAAGGGCUCGUCAGAAAGUCGCGGAAGCAAAGCUAGGCUUGACGUUGUGUACGAGGGAGGCCGAGCUUCGGGAGGCUGAAAGCACAGGCGACGAGAUCAAGGCCGCAAGGGCUCGUCAGCAAGUUGCGGAGGCCGAGCUUCGGGAGGCUGAAAGCACAGGCGACGAGAUCAAGGCCGCAAGGGCUCGCGACAAGCUGCAGGAUGUAGGUCUAGAAUUGUCGGUAGCAAUUGCGCAGAAAGAGCUGAAGGAAGCAAGUAAGGACGACGUUGAUCUCUAUCAGAGGCAACUCGACUUCAGCCUGUAUGCUCUCAAAACACAUCGAAUGUACAGCGGAACAGAAAAUUUCUUUACGGCUAUGCAAGACCUUGCCAACAAAGUCGACAUGCAUAAGGUCAUAUCGUCCUUGAGGCGAUACCUUGCCAAAUUUCUUGACGGACAAAGAAGCUUGGCAUCAUCAGCGGGGAAAGCGAGCAGGCUUUUCAGCAUAUUGAACCCAAUCAACACACUGGUACAGGAUGCGAACGACGUAACAGCUACCACUCACUUGUGCGUGAUUGAAGCUUGUUCUGGCAGUGGGAAGUCGUUGUGUGCUGCUGAUUUCUUUGUGCGAAAUUCAGACCAGUGUAUUUAUUUUCUCUUCAGCCCUUCGAAGAAACAAAACAAGCAGAGCUUGUACCAAAACGUGUCAAGCAUCACAAACUUGAUGGGCUUGGCCAUGAACUGCGACCUUAUCUCGUUGAUUCGGUCUACAACUCCUACAUUGAGUACUGAACUUCUUGGAGUAUUAGAUUUUGAUUUGAAAGAAAGUGAAAGGAAGUGGUAUUUGUUGGGAGCUCUUGGCUACUUGUGGAAGGAGACGACUACCGUUGCCCCUGUCUCUGUCAAGGAAGCGAUGAACUGGAAACAGCGAUGGGUUCUGAUGGAUGAGACCAUUCCUCCUGAGCAGGACUUCGCAGCGAUCGCCAAGCUGGUGCUCGUCAAGAGGGUGUUGACAAACGCAAACAUUCACUGCAUCAUGUUGGGGACGAACACUUUGGUCAUGAAUAUCGAUAAGGUUUCAAGGAGCUCCGAGUACAGUCGCGAUGAAGAUCGAACAAUGAUAUGCUUGACUCAUCGCUCUCUACCUAGGUACAUCUUGCCGUCGAGCAAGGACGAAGAGCUGUUGAAGAAGUUUUUCGGAGAGUCACGAGUCUCUCAACUGUUGGACAACGUCAACCCAUGGCUCUGCUCGCUUUUCUUGUCUAAUUUGAGGCGAAUCCCCGAAAUCAAAAAUCCAUCCAGUUUGAUUCGAAACAUCUCCAGAGCGGUCCUGCUUAGGGUAAAGCGCGACAAAAGGAGCCUGAAGGACGAAUCUAUCUACUGCAUGUUUCAGAUUUCUGCGCAUGAACCUGUCUCUCAGUUGCACAUCUCCAAGGGAUUUGCUCAGCUGAAUGUGUGGGACAGCAAUUCGCCACGGCGGGGCAGUAAAGAAUCUAUGCCUGAAAUGACUAGAUUAGAAAACGAGGUGGAAUUGAGAAUCCAUGACACUCCUCUUCCAGAACUGACCGCCUCUUUCCCACCUGCUGUGCAAGAUCCCAUCACCGUGGCUGUUUGUGCUGGGGGAGGACGGCCUUUCGGCCAAAGAUCGGCGCUUCAGGUCUUGCAGGGCAUCCACAAGCAGAAGGCAGUUUGGAGUAAUCCCAUUAAUGUGGAUGCGUACAAGCGAGAUGCGAACGAGUUAGAGUCGUUUGGUGCAGUUGUCCUGAUGAUCAGCAGCUGGUCUCCCUGUAAGGACCUUCUGAAGAAUAUCGCUUAUCACUGCGGCAUUCAAGAAGACCAGCGAAGUGUAGGUGAGAUUCUUGCUUCUGUCAGAAACAAGAAAAGCUUCAUGCGAAUCCUCGAAUCCUGCGUAUCCAACUUAGCUCCUGUACGAUGGAGUGAGCGGAGAGACGCAGCUUCGCCGUUCAUGGGCUACUACAUCCGCAACCAGGACAGACAGAGAAGGGACGGCACCUUUACAGGACCAACCACUGCAAGCGAGAAAUCAUUGAUGGGAGGAGCGGAGUACAAGAAUUGGAAAUCUGCACUUACGCCUGAACAGUUGUCAAAGGUGCUCUCUAAACUGUUGAAGCAGGAUCUGGAUGUUAAUGUGUGCAUGGUUCCGGAGAUAUCAAUCAAUGUGACAGAGAACAAUCUGAAAGCAAUCAUGAACAAUACUUGCAUUCCAUGCAAGACUGAGUGGCUUGUAUUGCAUCUCAAAGGUGAAGGCUGGAGAUCCUUUUCAUUUCAGAUUGAUGCAUUUCAUGAUAAUCAGACGACGAAAAGAGACGAAGAAUGCGUUCAUAAGCAAGCAGGGGUUGAUCUGGAGCUUGAGCCUGUCAAACGAAAAGUGCUGAUGAUCAUUGAGGUUGGAAUUAAAACUCAACCCUUCUGCGGUAAAGGAAGAUAUGAUCAGUGCCCCAAACGGAAGAAGCGAAGAGAUCAACGUGGAAGAAGGAAGGAAAACGUAUCAGAACCAACAAAGAAAGGAAAAAGAAUUGUCGACAAGUAA